CAAUAUACGUGAAAAUGGCGGCAAGACUUUUGAGACGUGGUUUAGACCACGUAAAAAGCAAGGAAUUUCGCGAAUAUCUAUGCAGUACGCACUUUUGGGGGCCAGUGGCCAAUUGGGGACUACCCCUGGCUGCGCUGGCUGAUAUGAAGAAAGAUCCUGAAUACAUUAGCRGCAAAAUGACAUCUGCGUUGUGUAUAUAUUCUAUGUUAUUCAUGAGGUUUGCCUGGAAGGUGCAUCCCAGGAACAUGCUUUUGUUUGCCUGUCAUUUUUCUAAUGAAGUAUGCCAACUAGGUCAGCUUGGUAGACUAGUGAAAUUUAGGUAUAUUGAUGGAGGCAAGGAGCACACAGCUGUUGAAAUAACUGAUUCAAGCUGAGAACCUAAAGAAGUUUAUAACCCAAAUAUUGUGCUUCCAGUCAACCUACAUGUAGACCAUACAAGGAAGACUGGUAUGACACAAACUGCAUUUACUCCAUUCUUCUGCUUCAAGACUUGGAAUAGGAGGUUUACAUGAUGGUGUCAUUGACCUCUACUACCAGACUCCCUUGCACACUUUCUUUUGUUCAUUUAAUUAGUACAAAUUGUCUUACUAUUCUCACGAGGAAAACCAAAUUCAAAUAAGAAAGAAAUUUUGCAAAGCAUCUGGGUAGUGGGAGUCAAAUGAUGCCAUCAUGCAAAUGUCCUAUUUUUAGCCAUUUCUAUAUACUCUUUUACUGCGGUUUUCCAUAUUCUGCACACUGAAAUUUGGUUUUUGGCACAGCCACAAUGCUUUACUUUCAAUGUUUGAUGUCAAAUUCUUCUUUUCACAUCAAUUUUCAAUUUAUUUAUUUUUGAUUUCAUUACAAAAGAAAACAAAUUUCAUAAGAGUAAAUUAAUUUUAUUCACAAGGGAAUAAUGAGAAAAAACUUUUUUUUAGAAGACAAUUUUUAAAUUUUUGAAUUGCUUUCUACAGUGGUGUAUUCUUAAGAGUGUGUGUGUUAUUCUUAUCAUUUGUUUGACUGUUUUAUUAAAAUGAUGUUUGUGCUUUAGCUUCUUUCUGGCUAGAUAAAACAAAGAUAAGUUAAGAAAUUUAAUGUAACUUGCAGGUCUAAGACUGUCACCCUUUUAGAUCAAUGUCCUUUGCAUGUAAUAUAAUUUAUUUUAGAUUUUAGAUGAUAGACAAACACUUGACAGAUGCUUGAAAGUUUAAUUUGUGUUAAAAAGAAGUUAAAAAUGAUAUCUGCAAAAAUCAACAUGUCUUUUGAAGGUAGAGCUCACGUAUAAGCAAACAGUUAAUGUAAUGAUAGAUAGAAUUUCAAGAAAAUGCCAUAGAUUUUCUGAAUAUAUCACAUCAAGAGAGUGCUACUAUAUGUAGGCUCUCCGUCUUUUGAAAGAGGAAAACAUUAUUCCAAUAGUUUAAUCGUUAUUAUUUAAAUAGUGAAUCUACUUUAGCUUUUAUCGUUUCCCAUUUCAGACCUCAUGUUAUUCCCUUGAGAAUAAGAUUCUUUGUAUUAGUUGUAUCUAUAUUCACGCAAAACCAUUAAACAAAGAAAUGAUACUUCAGGGAAUGACACAUGGUCUGAAAUGGGAAAGCAUUACACCUAAGGUAAAGAGCUAUUCAAGUUUUUUUAAAUGAGCUUUAAAUUUUUUGAGAUGUAUUCUGAUGCAAACCUUGAAUAUUGUGAUAUUUAUUAUAAUUUUAAAAGUAUAAGCUGAUAUAUUGGAAAUAAACAUUUUAAAGAAUUCACAGG